AUGGCGGCGAUUUUGGUUUCCAGCAACAAAAGCUUCAGUGGCAGACAAUAUGUUUAUAAGCAUUCAAGGUGGGCCUUUUUUUUUUGGAAAAUUUGGAAAAUUUAUGGAAAAAAAUGAGUUUUGCCGAUUUUUUAAACACAAAAAUGAGGAUUUUUUGAAAUUUCCAAGCAUUGCUCAUAUUAGAGUUCAAGAAAAUUGAGUUCAAAUGAAUUUGAAACCUAAAAUAUCCAGGAUUUUAAGCAUUGCUCAUUUUAUAUUUUUUUAAGAGUAAAUUUUCUGAGACCUAAAAAAACGAGAAAAAUGAAACAUUGCUCAUAUUAGAAUUAUUUUCGAAAAAAAUAACACAUUGCUCAUUUUAGUAAAAUUAAAAAUUUAAGAAAAACGAAUUAUCGAUAGAAAUUUUAUUUUGCGAAAUUUUCAAAAUUUUUUGAAACCUAUUUUUUCGGGUCUGAAAAAAUUUGGGAUUUUUUCGCGCCAAAAAAUGUUCUACAGUAACCCUAGGCUUAUUUGGUGUCAAAAAAUGAUGGAUUUUCGCCCACAGUAAUUUUCUGGCACCAAAAUCAUCCUACAGUACUCCUGGGCUUAUUUGGUAUCAAAAAAUGAUGGAUUUUCGCGCCAAAAAAUGCUCUACAGUACCCUAGGGGGUUAUUUACUAUCAAAAUUCAUAAAAUUUUCGAGCCAAAAUCCUCCUACAGUACCUCAGAUUUUUACAGUAAUUAUUCGAAUUGUGAAUCAAUUUUCAAAUACAUUUUCAAAAAUUAGACAAUUUUUCGAAACGUAUUUUUUCAAGGGUUGAAAAUACAUUAAAUUUUGGUCUACAAAUUCUUCCGAAAAUUUUUAAAAUUCCUAAAUACCUGAAAAUAAACAUGAUCAUUGCUCAUAUUAAUACAAAUUACCCCUUGAAAAUUCUCCAAAAAUUUUUUUUAGAAAAAAUUUAACAAAAAAAUCUAGAAUUCUGAAUUUUUUGAAAUUUUGAUAUUAAAAAUUGCCACGUGGAUUUUCAGCUUCAAAAAUUAGGUUUUUAAAAAUUCGAGAAAAAUCAAAACAUUGCUCAUAUUACUCCCAUUUUCCAGCUCCACCCUCAACUGCGAAAUGACCUUCGGAAUCUAUGUCCCAGAAUUCAGUGGCAGCGAAAAGUUGCCAGUUUUGCUCUACCUUUCCGGUCUCACUUGUACCCAUGCGAAUUUCAUGGAAAAAUCCGGAUUUCAACAAUUCGCCUCGAAAUAUCGAUUUAUUGUCGUUCAUCCCGAUACAAGUCCACGUGGCGUUGAUAUUGAAGGAGAUUCGGAGAGUUGGGAUUUUGGAAAAGGUAUGCGGAUUGCUCAGAUUAGGAAUAUCAUUUAAAAAUAGUAAACAUUGCUCAUGUUAUCAGGAAAAAUUAGAGACAAAAUCAGUCAUUGCUCAUGUUAAAUAUACUGUACUUUCAGAGAGGAAAAGUCUGAUUUUCGAGUGAUUGCUCAUAUUAACCCCAAAAAAAUUGAACCUGAAAAAAAAAAUUUUUUUUAAAAGAAGCUUCAAAUCCACGUGGCAAAAAUUCAGAUUCCUAAUUUUUUUUGUUAAAUUUUUCCUAAAGCCGAAAAUCCACGUGGAAAAUUUAAGCUUCUCAAAAAAUUUUUAAAGAAGCUUCUAAUCCACGUGGCAUUUCUUAAAUUUUCAAAAAACCUAAUUUUUGAAGUCGAAAAUCCACGUGGCACAAUUUUUAAUAUCAAAAUUUCAAAAAAUUCUCAGAUUUCUAGAUUUUUUUCUAGUUUCUAGUUUCUAAUUGUAAAAUAAAAUUCCACGUGGCAAAUUUUUUUUAAUUAUAGAAAAUUUCAAAAUUUUGAGGAGAUUAAAUUUUCGAAACCUAAAAAAUCUUGGAAUUUUUUGCGAAAAAAAAAGAAGUUUUUUUUCAAAAUUUUUGAAAUUUAUGGAAAUUCUUCGAUAAAAUUAGGGAUUUUUACCUCAAAAAUAAGCAUUGCUCAUGUUUGAAAUUUUUCUUAUUCUUCAAAAAGGAAGCACUGGCAACAUUAUAGAAAAUUUCAAAAUUUUGAGGAAAUCAAAUUUUUGAAACGUAAAAAAUCUUGGAAAUUUUUGAGAAAAAAAAAAGUUUUUUUCGAAAUUUUUGGAAAUUCUUAGAUAAAAUUGGGCACUUUUCUGCAAAAAUAGGCAUUGCUCAUGUUUGAAAUUUUUCUUAUUCUUCAAAAAGGAAGCACUGGCAACAUUAUAGAAAAUUUCAAAAUUUUGAGGAAAUCAAAUUUUUGAAACGUAAAAAAUUUUGGAAAUUUUCUUAGAUAAAAUUGGGAUUUUUCCUCAAAAUCAAGCAUUGCUCAUAUUAAACCCUCUUCAAUUUUCCGCAGGCGCCGGUUUCUACCUCAACGCCACCGAGCCAAAAUGGUCGAAAAAUUACAAAAUGUAUGAUUAUAUCACGAAAGAGCUCAUCCACCAAACAAUUCCACAAAUUGCACCAAUUGACCAGCAAAAAAUCGGAAUUUUUGGCCAUUCAAUGGGUGGACACGGUGCUCUAAUCAUUGGUUUGAGAAAUCCGGAGAUUUUCAAAUCGAUUUCCGCUUUUGCACCCAUUUGUAAUCCGAUUAAUGUGCCUUGGGGCAAAAAAGCUUUUAGUGGAUAUUUGGGUGAGUGAUUUUGAGGGGGGAAAAAUUAUAUUGCUCAUAUUAAAAAAUAUCUAAUGAAAAUCUUAUGAAUUUCAAAUUUUCACACGAUUUGUUUCAUACAUUGCUCAUAUUUAAACUGAAAACAAUGCAUUGCUCAUGUUAGGGAAAAAUAGGAUUUUUGAAACGUAAAAAAUCCUGGGAAAAAUUUUGAAUAAUUUUUAAGUUUUUUGGGAUUUUUGGUGCCACAGAAAAAACAUUGCUCAUAUUAAAAUUGAAAUUGCUUAUGUUAGUGAAAAAUUAAGAUUUUUGAUUGGUUAUACUCCAGAAAAUGCGAUCGUAGAAUUUUUAAAAAUUUCAGAAAAUCCAAUUUUUGAAACGUAAAAAAUCCUGGGAAAAAUUUGGGUAAUUUUUGGGGAUUUUUGGCUGAAAAUUUGUCAAAAAGUCACUAAAUUUCUAUGAAAAUAUCUGAAAAUUCUCAAAAUUCUACUGAAAAUCAUCAAAUUUCUAAUAAAACUCUCUGAAAAUCCUCAAAAUUUGACUGAAAAUCAUAAAAAUCUCAGAAAAUGACACUUUUCCAGGCUCCGACGAAUCCACGUGGCUUCAAUACGACGCCAGCCACCUCCUCAAAUCCUACACGGGACCCCACCGUCACAUUCUCAUCGACCAAGGUGAAGGCGACAAUUUUCUUGCUCAACUUCAACCACACACUCUGAAAUCGUCUGAAAAUGCUGAAAUUCAAGUGCGCCUACAACCGGAAUUCGAUCAUUCCUAUUAUUUCAUCGCCAGCUUUAUUGAGGAUCAUUUUAAGCAUCAUUUGAAGAAUUUGGCUUGA